AUGGCGGACCGGGCGAUGGUGAAGACCAACAGCCGGCACCCAGCGCUCCGGGAGCUGGACCCCAAGACUGCCUUCUUGUACACGCCGCACACCGUGACGUGCCUGGUGCUGGGGAUUGGCCUGAUCGUGUACACGAGCGGGGUCUUCGAUGUUCCAGUGCCACCCGAGGACGAGGGGGCGCGGCGGGAGUUCUCGACCGCGAAUGCGAAGCGAGGGAUAUGGGCUGUGAUGUUUGUGUUUAUGGGUUACUCCGUUCUACAGAGCCCCAGCACUACAAUGAUCAGACCACACCCCUCCUUUUGGCGGCUUGCUAACGCAGUGUCUGUGAUGUAUCUUAUGUUUAUGGUUUGGCUGCUUUUCCAGGAUGUCGGUGACGCAAGACUGUUUAUGAAGCACCUGUCAGGAGAGCUUAGAGUGGAGGAGCCUGAGCGUCCCUAUGGUGGAAAUUGCCAACUGUGGAUUGAAGGGCAGGGCAUAAACUGGGGUGCAAUUCGUGAGACGGUGCUUGAUGAGUUUGUUGUGGCCCAUAUCUUGGGAUGGUGGGCGAAGGCUGUGAUGAUAAGAAACCACUCCCUCCUUUGGGUGUUGUCCAUUGGGUUUGAGCUGUUGGAAUUGACCUUUCAGCAUAUGUUGCCAAACUUCAACGAGUGCUGGUGGGACAGCUGGAUCUUGGAUGUUGCAACAUGCAACCUGUUGGGCAUUGCUAUGGGUAUGUGGACUGUGCGUUAUUUUGACAGUGCAUACAGCACAUACAACUGGAGAGGGAUCAGCGAGCAGCCAACACUAGUCGCUAAGGCAAAGAGGUCAUUUCUGCAGUUCCUUCCACACUCCUGGGACAAUUUUGAUUGGGGAAUGUACUCAGGUCCGGCACGGUGCAUCGCAGUUUUCACCAUGGUGGCUGUCUUCCUUGCCAUCGAGGUACAAGCAUUCUUCCUCAAGUACAUCCUGUGGGUCCCUCCAAGAAACUUGUUGAACACAUACCGCCUUCUCAUAUGGUUUAUGGUGGGGCUUCCUGCCGUCCGUGAGUACUACGAAUUUCUUGAGGGCAAGGCUCCUGAAGGGACCAUCUUUAACAAACUUGGAGCCUUCGCAUGGCUCGCCGCUGCGACAAGCCUCGUGGAGGCGUUGGUGUGCAUCAAGUUUGGGAAGGGCCUCUUCACAGCUCCAUGGCCACCAGGCGUCAUCAUCUUCUGGUCAAGUUCUGCACUGGCGUUUUCCUUAACCAUGGCCGUUUGGAGUAUCCGCUUGCGGUUGCGAACUGACAAGCGAAAGAAAUCAGACUGA